AUGGUUCAAAUCGCUGGCCUCACUGCCGUGCUGGCACUUGCCUCUUUGGUCUCUGCGCAAUGCGGUUCUGGUACUCCCGACGCGAAAGUGACUGGCUCGGGGAGCAGUUAUACUGCCACCAAAGGAUCCACCACACUCUAUACUGGCUCUGACUACCGCCUAGCCAUCCAGACUGCCAUCAACGGAAUCAGCAGUGGUCAACGCGUUUCGGUCAUGGCUUCCGGUAACAUCGGUGCCAACACCUUGACCAUCACGAGUGGCAAGACAUUCGAGGGCUGUGGUACCAUUACUGUCGCGACGAAGUCCGCAUCUGGCAACAUCGAGGUUACGAACCAAUCUGGUGUCAAGAUCCCUUACCUCACCAUGGCAGGUUCUGCGUAUUUUGGACUUCGUUUCUCCGGCACAAAGGACCUCACUCUAGGCACCAUCAACUUCAACCUCAAAGACGGAAUCGGAAUUCGCUUUGAUCGCGACCGUGCAGCAAACACAAACGUGCAAAUCGGUACCGUCACCUGCGUAGGCGGCUCAUCGCACUGUAUCGAGACGUGGAACAUUGACCAACUCACCAUCGGCUCCGUGAUUGGCAAGAACGUUGGCGAAUGCGGCCUGUUGCUUCAAAAGGUCACCAAUGCAAAGGUCGGCUCGGUAGACUGUGACAAUUGUGGUUCAGGUACCGGCUACGCCGCCCUCCGCUUCGCCAAUGAGGCCGGAAAGUUGAACGGCGCAUACAACACCAAUAUUUUCGUCGAUCGUGUCAAGGCGCGCGGUGGUGGUCGUGGCAUCUUUUGCGUGUCCGCCUCUGGCGGUGCGCAAAUCGGCACCAUCGACGUCGCGAACACGGGCAACAAUGCCAUUCUCAUCGAAAACUGCUACAAUGUCAACAUCAAGGCUGGAACUGUGAGCGGUGGUGGUGAGGUGAGAUUGGCGGCGCGGACAGAGUUUGCAAAUAGCAAGGAUAUUGCGAUUGCGCUGAGGGUUGAUGGAACGACCGUUAGGGAGAGUCCUUGCACUGCCAACAAGACCAAGUGGAGUCUUAGUGGAAAUGGCGCAAGAACGAUUUGUACUUGA